UACAGACGCCCUCGACACUCAAAGCCGCCCAGAACAACGCAGAAAAGAGUCAGCCAGUCAGUCAGUCAGUCGCUCAGAACUGAAAAAGUGUAGCUAUUUGGCUGAUCAGCUGGUUAGCAGCGGAGGUGAGGCGGAGGUUCUCGGCACGCAGAGAGAGCUCAAUGCUGCCGACAGACAAGGCCACUCGAUAGCUGCACACAUACAACAGACAGACAGGUGAACACACGACGCCUUUCCUCUCGUGUGUGACGCCCUCUCCCUCACUCACCGCGUGACGUCACUCUUGUUGCCGUCGGUCUUGGGCGGCAAAACGGCCGUGAUCUUGCCCUCAAGACCAUUGUAUUCCGGCCGGGUCACCACACCACACACCCACACGUCACUCUGGACGCCAAACGACACACCAGACCUGACACACACACACACACACAGACCAACAGGACACUCACUCACUGACUCACUGGUGCAUUGUCCUCUUCCUGAGUCAUCCCACCCACCCACCCGAUCUGUUGGCGCGUCACGCGCGAGAUGGACUUCUGACAGCCGGUGACCCGGGCGUCGGCGUGGCGCAGAACCGCUCGCGCGUCCUCCACGUCUCUGUCCCACUUGAAGGCCUCUGCUAUCGCCUCGGGUGUCUUGUGGACGGUGGCCACGCGCUUCCAGGCCUUUUCCAGCUCAUCCCGAGCCGCGAAAAGCCCAAAUUGGAAGAUGGUCUGAUGCUCCUGCAGCUUUUCGAGGGUGUCGAGGUUGUCGGGGUUGAUAUAGGGGGCGAGGCCGGUGAAUGCUUGCACAGAACAGUAGUUGGCGAGCCAGGUGGCGACAGUGCCGUCCGCCUCCUCGACGCUCACAUUGCGGAACGGGCCGCCCUCAGGCUCCGGGCUGAGGGUGGGCGAGGGUGUUGUGGGCCUCUGAAUCCGCUCAAAGAGAGUGCACUUCUGCAAACACAUACACAUACACAGACACAUACACACCGACGGAGCCGUCCGUCCGUCCGCUCACUCGCUCACUUUGCGGCAGACAGGGCAAGGAAAGCUUCCAUCAUGUAGCGAAGAGAUCAUGGUGCCGCGUGUCGUCAUGUUCUUGAGAUCUGACCAAGAAGAUACCUCGCCCUUCAGGCACUGCAGCCAGUCAGCCAACCAACCAACCAACCAACAAAGCACUCAGGCAGGCACGUCUGUGUUCAUUCGCGCAUUUCCUCACCUCAAAGCAGAAAUAGUGAUUGCAUUUCAUCGUCACGAGGUCCGUCUUGCCGGCGAACGGUUCGCAGCAGAUGAGGGAUGGUGUAGCGCUUGGGCAGCGUGUAGACCACCGUAGCCAUUGACGAACGAACUGCUGCACACAAGCAGCCGACGCACAGCUAUACGUUAGGGGAUAGUGGACGGCAUGUGCAACCGUCACCUGAUGACGAGCGUGAUGCGGCGGCCGACGAGAGGCGAAAGCAAAACCGAACCUGACAGCCACCUGCCGACGGACACACACCCUGCCACACACAUACACACACACGCAUGGAAUGCCACACGAGGAUCCAUGCGUCGUGCACGUGUGUCCGAUCUCACCUGCUGGCUGCGGAGUCCGACGCAGCCCAGCAGCACUUGCACAACGCGCUGACAGUCAGCGCACAUGACAUCUCUUUUUGCCACAAAAGAGCACGCACACAUCGGCGGAUGGGUACGUGGACCCGCCUUUGCAUCACUCGUGCAUUGCUUUACCUGAUAGACAAGCGAUGGAAUCGGCGCAAUUCUUGAGCUCCCUUCUCGUGACCUUCUCGUACCCUUCUCAAAGACGAUACCGAGAAGUCAACAGCAU